AUGAGUCGCGCCUUAUUUUUUGAGAACGAUUCACCCGUAAGAAGCUCAAGUCCAAAGCCGUUUUACCAAAUACAUGGAGAGCGUCAUUUUGUAUUCGACGAAAUAUUUGCCCCAGAUUGUUCCACCCCGCUCUCUUCCGCAGACGUACUGGAGGAUUUUGGACGGGCCAGGCGUGAUGGGGGAAAAGAAAAUGAUAGUUCAAUUCCUGUAGGAGGAGGAAAAUUGGGGGAUUUCGAAAUUACCGCCCUAGCUGGAGCUAUGGCGGGAUUUCUUGCCGGUGUUACGGUCUGUCCCCUCGACGUAGCCAAGACUAGAUUACAAGCGCAGGGGUUACGUCCGGCGUCCAUCAAGUAUUACAAUGGCAUAGUUGGGACACUGAGCACAAUUGUACGGGACGAAGGCGUGCGUGGCUUAUACAAGGGUCUCGUGCCAAUAGUCAUGGGCUAUUUUCCCACAUGGAUGAUAUACUUCACUGUCUAUGAGAAGAGUAAAAAACGCUACCCACAGAUAUUUGGCUCUUCCGAUUUUUUCUCGCAUUCAUUGUCGGCACUUACGGCCGGCUCCAUUUCCACCAUUUUGACAAACCCGGUCUGGGUGGUCAAGACUAGACUCAUGCUACAGACGCAUGUAGACAAGAACUCGACGAAUUACAGAGGCACGUUUGAUGCUUUCUAUAGAAUAUACACCACAGAAGGUUUCAAGACUUUCUACGCGGGGCUACUACCAUCGCUAUUUGGGUUGCUUCACGUAGCCAUUCAUUUCCCUAUCUAUGAGAAGCUCAAAGUAUGGCUCCGCUGCUCACCGUCCUUCAUUGAUUCCGAAGACCAUAAACUAGACAUUUUUCGUCUUAUCACCGCAUCUAGCGUAUCCAAAAUGGUCGCUAGCACACUUACGUACCCGCAUGAAAUUCUUCGCACGCGGAUGCAGCUGAAAGCACCCCCGAUAGACAGGAAGAGCACUUCACAAGUAGCCACACAUCAUGCCCUCAUACGGCUUGUUUACCUCACCUACACGAAGGAGGGAUUGAGAGGCUUCUACUCGGGCUUCACCACGAAUCUCGUCAGAACUGUACCCGCCUCUGCGAUAACUUUGGUAUCUUUUGAGUAUUUCAGAAGAUAUCUGACCUCAAUCAACGAUAGUUUCGCACUAUAA